AUGAGCCGUGAGGCCGACAUGUCUGUAUGUGAUGAGGAGGUGACUCAGGAACAACUAAGCGGAAUUGAUAUAACUCCACCAAAUUAUGUCUUUGGUCGAGUGAGGAGUUCGAGGAGCAUAACAAUGGAUGAUUUUAAUGCGUUUAAAGAUGAGAUAAAAACGAUGAUUCACUCAUUGUGCUCUGCCCAACAGCAAGAGUUGAAAAAUAUAUCUCCUACCUUGCGAAAAAUUGAGCAAACUAAUGCCAAUAUCGAAAACUCAAUCGCGCAACUUACGUCACAAGGUAUGGAACUUACAAAUAAAAUGAUAGAACUGGAAAAUAAAUCAAAGGAAUACCGCGAUUAUAUCACUCUAUUAGAAGAAAAGAUUGAAAAUCUAGAAAUGGGAUGGCGUAAAUCAAAUUUCGAAAUUAAAAAUGUACCUAAAAAACUUAAUGAGUCAAAAGACGAUUUAGUAGGCAUGAUAAUAAGUUUAUCCGAGACAAUUGGUGCGAAUUUGAGUAAGUGUAACAUUAAGGACAUAUACAGAUUACGCGGAAAGAAAGAUUCUCAGAAUACAUCAAUUAUUGUUGAAACCUCGUCAACUAUGGUAAAAACUAAUAUCAUAAAAUUAUGUAAAGCUUUUAAUAUAAAGACUAAGUCUAAAUUAUGCGCUAAGCACCUGGGUUUCCGUACAUAUGAGGAUAUGCCAAUUUAUGUAUCGGAACAGCUUACUAUGAGGGGAUCGCGCUUACAUUUCCUUGCCAGAGACUUGGCUAAAUCAAAACAAUAUAAAUAUUGCUGGACUGCAUAUGGCAAAGUAUAUGUCCGUAAAACGGACAACUCUGCAAUUAUAUUGAUUAAGUCGGAAGCUCAAGUCCAACAUCUUAUGAAUACAGAUUGA